AGUUCGCUGCAACUGAUGUUUACAACACGCAUGGAACAUUGGAGAUCUAAAUCGUGUUGAUAGAUUUCAGUUUGAAAUAAAAGUGUAUUUUUGUUCAGUUUUUUUUAUUGUAAUUUAAAUUGUCAAAGCCAACGAUACAAACAACCUAACCAUGGCAGAAUACGUACAUCAAACGCUAGAGGAAAUGAUUCCUGAAUUGGAGGAGAUGAAAGAAAUCGGUUUAUUCACGGUCAAAGAGACGAAAAAUAUUUUAAAGAAAAGGGAAAGUUAUGAAUACAAGUUGAGACAAUUGACAAAGACAAAAUCAUCUUUUCUUAAUUAUAUAGAGUAUGAGAAAAAACUAUUGGAGCUAUUAAAGAUCCGCAGAAAGAAACUGGGUCAACACACCAAAAAGCGAGAUGUGGAGAAGGCCAUUGCAGAUCGUAUCCACAAGUUGUAUAGGCUUGUCACCUUAAGAUUUUCAGAAGAUAUAUCUCUAUGGGAACAACAUAUAGAAUUUAGCAAAGUCAUGAAUGAAAAAGCAUAUGUGUCUAGACUUUAUGGGCAGGUAUUGAAGAUUCACUCACACAACCCAGAUCUGUGGUUGAAGGCUGCCCAGUGGGAGAGCUCUGAUGAAGGGAAUUCAAAUCAUGAACUGGCCAGGGAGAUUUUACUGAAAGGUCAGAGGGUCAACCCAGAGUCAGAGUCCCUGUUUCUAGAGAUGUUUCGCAUGGAGCUUCAACUAGCUAAAGUGUUAAUCAAGAGAAAAGCAAUUUUAAAGAUAUCAACAAAUGAGACAAAUGGAGAAAAUGAACUUGCACCAGAGUUACGGCUACCCUUUAUAAUUUACAACAAAUCAAAGGAAAUCUUUCCUGGUCGGGCUGAUCUUCAUUUGAAGCUUCUCAUCAUUUGCUGCUCAGUAAAAGAAGGGAGACCACUGCAAGAUUUAAUAGUGUCUGACUUGGAAGAAUCUUACCCGGAUAACCCUAAAGUUUGGAAUGGAUUAGCCUUAAGAUAUAUCAACAAGAUUAAAACAGUAUCUAAAGGGCACCGUAAAGAAGCAAUAAGCAAGUGUCUGGCUGUCUAUGAAAAAGCCUUAGAGAAAUUGCCUAAUGAUGAGAUGUGGUCCCUGUGUCUGACAGCCCUGCUAGGUCUAACACAAAGGGCAGAACUCAGCCGGACGGAGUGGCUGACCAAGUCAACACUACAGCUGUCUGAGAGGGCCAUUCAGCUGGGAUUUUUAUCUGAUGUCUUAUACAUACAACUGCUAGAAUUGCUGCAGCAGCUAGGCAUGGCUGAAGACCUGCUAGCUGUGUCAAGGCUGGCCACCAAAGACCACCCGACGUGUGUGCCAUUGUGGCACAUCAGGCUGAGGGCAGAGUCAGGGCAGGGGCACGACAAGCUGCAAGAUGUUUUUCAAACUGCCACCAAACAUGUCUCAAGAGAGGAUUCCUGGCCUUUGUGGGAAUUAAUGCUCAACUACUUAACCAACAUAAAUAUAGAGGAGGUUCAGCCUUUAGUCAUGAAAGCCUGUCGAAGCGUCACAGCUCAGCUGUGUAAGCCUGCCAAGGUCUGGUAUCUCCACUGGUCAUUUCAACACUGUGGUAUCAAAGAACUGCGUCAAGUUUAUAACAGCUUAAAGUCUAUGCGGCCUGUGAGUGCUGAGUUCUUUAGACUGUACAUUCAGAUGGAAUCUUCACAGUUAAAAAUUAAACAUGACCUUAUACGUGCAGCAUUUGAAGAGGCAGUGGUGGAGUUUGGUCAUACACAGUCUGAUAUUUGGCUGAAUUACAUCCACUUUGAAUCAGCUGUAGCCAAAGAUUGUGUCAAGUCAGCAGAAAUUCACCAGAGGGCGCUGCUGGGACUGGGGCCACAACAAAGGGAAAAGUUCAUCAGAAAACAUGUCUUGUACUGUCUUUAGCCUUAAACCAUUUCAAUCAAUAAACAGAUCAACAUGC